UUCUAUGAUACUCGGACUUGUGUAUAUGUAUUGGAUACGAGUAUGUUCAUGUAUUUCUGGUGAUAUAGUUCUUGCAACAGCUUACGGACAUGAGCUUCCUCGCUAUGGACUUGAAGCUGGCCUUACAAAUUAUGCAGCAGCUUAUUGUGUUGGACUCCUUUUGGCUCGCCGAACAUUGAAGCAGCUGGAGAUGGAUGCUGAAUACGAGGGUAAUGUUGGGGUAUGCAUUUGCCCUGGUUUCUGAGGUGUGGAGGUGGACUCCUAUUUUUUCAUGCUUUUUGUAAUAUAUAAACUCCCCUGUUUCACAUAAACAAUUGGAGUUUAUAGAAGCAAUAAACCCAUGUAGUAAACAGUGAAUGUAGUAAACCUAUUUUAGUCUAAUUUCAAAGGGUUUUUUAAUUUC